GGGUGGCGUGUGUGUUUCUUGGCCUUUUCUUCACUUCCUUUUUCUUCGCCACCAUCACUCUCAUCCUCGCUGCUGCUCGCGUCGGAUACGCCUUGUCUCGUGAUCAUGGGUUACCGCUCUCCUUUCUCUGGCGCCAGGUCAACGCCCACAAAGUGCCAGUCAACGCCAUCGCAUGCACCAGCGCCAUAGCCAUCAUUUUCCUCAUUCCCCUGCUGGGGGGCUCCGUCGCCUACUUCGCUGUCACUGGCAUGGCCACUGUGGGGUGGUUCGGUGCGUACGGCGUUCCGAUCUUCUUCCGAAUCAUCCAAUCAGACAGGGACUUUUCCCCUGGGCCCUUCUAUCUGCCCAACUACAUCGGCCACUUUGGCGGCAAGUGUGUCCACGUCCUUGCUCUUACAUACGUCGUCUACACCAUGGUCGUCUUCGUUAUUCCAACGGAGUACCCUGUAACUGCGGAGAAUUUCAACUACGCCUCUGUGGGCAUUGUUGUUGUCAUGGCAAUAUUCCUUCUAUGGUGGGUGCUGGAUGCUCAUCGGUGGUUCAAGGGCCCAAAGAUUGCGAAGCAAGAAGACGAGGGUGCAAGAGCACCGGAGCAACAAGAGAACUACCAGGUGGGUCGUUGGUUCCAAUAGAUGUGCGUCGAGUUAGACUAAGGGAUAAGGCAAUAAAGGUAGUUCUAAAUUAUUUGGUACAACGAAAUUAUGUGGUUGGUAGAUUCCGUUGUGUAAACAAAGAAAUUAUGUAGAAGAUAGCCACUUGAAGUGAAGUUAGAAGCACAUCCUUUAGUCUAAGAGGGCCUUCAGCCUAGAUAUAAUCUUGGGAUGUUAUAGCUAAUUCUUGCUGCCAAUCA